UCGAUACAUGGCCGCCUCCCGGCGCCGGGAGGCGCCGGGAGAAUCAGCUAUGCGAGCUGAUUCUCAAACCCACCCCCUUUGCUAUCCUUUCCUUUCGCCCGGCCCGAAAGAACACAGCGAAGCCCCGGCGCGGAUGCGCCGCGGCACGAGCUCGUCGCAGCCAUCUUGGCGCGAGCUGUGCGGCUCCUGCUGCCGAGGCCCCCCCCCCGUUCGGGGCGGCAGGGCGGCGGCGCGCACCAGGGAUCACCGGAGCAGAGAGCGCGCCGCGCGCCCCUUCGGCCGCCGCUCGUCGUGGGGGGGGGGCGCAUGCAGGCCGCCCCGGGCAGCCGGGCGGCGCUGAGGCGCCUGCUGGGCAGCUGCCCCGCCCUGCACAGGCACUUCGUGGGCGUCCCGCUGUCCGCGGGGGCGAUCCCCCACGCGCCUCUAACGGGGCAGGUCCGGCACGCGGGGAGGCGGCGGAAGUCCAUCGUCGAGGAUGGGGUCGAGGAGCUUUCGCGCACCUCUGCGGUCGUGGUGCCACCCCGCACGAGCGAGGAGGAGGCCGAGUCCGGCUUCGCGCUGCCCGAGGUGCCCGCAGAGAUCUUGGAUGCUUGGGAGAAGGAUGAGAUGGCGCAGGAGGCGUUGGGUAUGUUCUCGUCGGAGGAGUUUCAGGGCAAGGGGGUGAUGUCCCACAGGGACGUGGCUCGCAUGCUGGAGCUGAUGGGAUGUGAUAGGCUCACGUUCUUGCGCAUGCUGAACGACGAGGGCGACGACGAUGAUGACGAGGGUGCCGACGAAAGCGGCAAAGGAAAGGGCAGACAGGGUAGGAAGGGAGACUUGCUCGCUGACGACGAGCCUUGGGCUCCCAGAGGAGGAGGGAAAGGAGGAAAGAAGGGUGUCAAGGGCUUAGAUGAUAGGAUGGACUCAGACGACAGCGACGACGAGCCUGAAUUUGGCAAAGGGGGUGGCAAGAAGGGCUACAAGGGCUCAAAAGGCAAGUCUAGCGGCUUCCAGAGGCGAGGAGACGACAGCGAUGACGAGCUUGACUUCGACAGACGAGGCGGCAAGAAUGGCCACAAGGGCUCAAAAGGCAAGUCUGGCGGCUUCCAGAGGCGAGACGACAGCGACGACGAGCUUGACUUCGACAGAGGAGGCGGCAAGAAGGGCUACAAGGGCUCAAAAGGCAAGUCUGGCGGCUUCCGGGACGACAGCGACGACGAGGACUUCGCGUUCCCGCGGGGCAAGGGGAAGGGCGGCAAAGGAGGCGGCAAGGGCAAGGGCAAGGGCGGAUUCGGCAAGGGCGGCUUCGGCGGUUUCUGACACCCUCUGGAGCUCCAGAGGACGGCGAGGACGGUAGAAGAAGAGGUAGCACUUGCAUACGCAUUAUUCAUUUCAUUUGGCUUACAGGCAUGCAGCAUGCGAAUUGUCUUUCGGUAUCAUACGUUUCUGCAUUGAAAGAAAGGGCGACGCAAACAGUCAUCGUCAACAACAUCGCGUAAUUAUCAGCAGCGAUUUCGAGAGAGGCAACGCGAUCAUCAUGCGA